GGAAAAAGAAACGUCUGCCUUUUUCCCUUCUCUCUUUUUUAUUUUCUGGUUGAAUGUUCUUGCCCCUUCCCUUCCCUUGUUCUCCAUAAGCUCUUUCUCUCUCUCUCUCUGUCUAUUCAAAUUCACCAAGAACACGAAGCAAUUCAUCAAGAAUAUAUGGGCGGCAGCCGUGGUGGGGAAGAAGAUGAUGGUAGCAGCAAGUGGCCGGCGUGGGUGGGGCCGCUGCUGCGGACUAGCUUCUUCGGUCAAUGCAAGGUGCACGCGGCGGCGCACAGGAGCGAGUGCAAUAUGUUUUGCUUGGACUGCGUCAAUGGACCCCUCUGUUCGGUCUGCCUCAAUCUUCACAAGGAUCAUCGCCCCAUACAGAUUCGGAGGUCAUCAUAUCAUGAUGUGAUAAGGGUGUGUGAGAUUCAAAAGUACUUGGACAUAACAGGGGUUCAGACCUACAUUAUCAACAGCGCCAAGAUAGUGUUCCUCAACCAUCGCCCUCAGCCCAGGCCAGCCAAGGGCGUCACCAACACCUGCCGUGUCUGCGACCGCGGCCUCCUCGACUCCUUCACUUUCUGCUCUCUUGGCUGCAAGAUAGUUGGGACAUCCAAGAAUUUUCAAAAGAAGAAGAUAGGAAAGGAGGAUGGAGGUUCCGACUCGGAGGAGUCCAUGUCCAUGAAUGGCAGCACAAAGCAUAAACAAGUCAUCAGAAACAAAAUCCAGAGCUUCACUCCAUCCACACCACCACGAACUGCGACCUUGAAUUACAGAAGCGCGAAAAGGAGAAAGGGAGUUCCUCAUAGAGCUCCCACCGGAGGCCUUAUCAUACAAUACUGAAACCGUCCCAGAAGUUAGAGGGACUCUGUUAAUGUGUGCGCACUCUUUUACCACUAUAUAUAUUUAGGCUUGUGGGCUUUUCUUUCUUUAGUAGUAGUUGCAUUUCCUGCAUACUGAGCUGUGGCAAGGGAAGCCGAUGCUGGAAUUGCAAACUAUGCUAGUCGACAGUCUGGUUCUGUGCAGUAAAGAUAUGGAUACAUAGAUAUAGUUUGUAGAAUAGCACGGUCUGUAAUAUAACAUAGUUAUAGGAAAUAGAAGAAAGGUUGAAAAACGAAUAAGAUUAAGUCUGUGGAAAGAGGAGCAAAAGGGCUGUAUGUUAAGUUGAAAUAAUGUUAAAACCUAGUUUGUAUAUGCGUGUUGGCUAAAGAUGAUGUUCAAUGGCCUGUGAUAUCAAUCAGUACUAGUGUAUAUGCUUGUGAUGAGUUGAGAAGCAAUCAAUCAAAUGGGAGUUGGAGUAAGUUUUGUUGCAAGAUCAUGUAUUCGCCGUUAGAAAGGUUUGUCAAAUUAUGAAAUAUGAAUAGUUAGAGCUGCGG